GGCGAGAGAGAUUCCAUUAUAGGCACAACUCCCACUUUCUCCAACACGCUCUCUCUAUGGGGAAUUCUGCGUCUUGUGCGCCUUCAAUGGCCUCCAAUGGCGCCGCGAAGGUCUUAUCCUUAGACGGAAAAUUGCAGAGCUACAGGAAGCCAGUGCAGGCCGCGGAACUAAUGAUCGAGCAUUCCGGCAAAUUCCUCUGCGAUUCCGCUGAUCUCAGCGUCGGCCACCGGAUUCAAGGCCUUUUGCCAGACGAAGAUCUCGAGUGCCGGCGAUUGUACUUUCUACUUCCGAUGGAUCUCCUCUACUCCGUGCUAACGAUCGAAGAAAUGAGAUCUCUGACGUACACCGCUACAAAGGCUCUGAAACAUGGAAAUUCGAGUGGAUUUGGAAGGAUCUUCCCUGUUUUGAUCACUGAUCUCUGUAUUUCUCUGUCGGAUGUGAAUCGAUUGAAAUCGGCGGACGGCGAUCGAGAGAAUCGAAGUUCGAAACCGGUGCAGAGAUUGAUGUCGAAACAGAGAUCGUGGAAGCCUGCGCUCGAAACCAUCGCUGAAACUUCGUGCGCGUAGAAAGAAAGACGAUCGCAAUCGCAAAAUGUGUGAGAUUAAUUACAUUACGAAUAAUUCGUUCCAAUUUUGCUUCGAUGAUCGUAGAUAUAAUAAACCUUGGAAAUUUUAUUAUUAUUUAUUUAUUAUUUUAUUUUA